UUAGGGCGGAGCUUUAAGCGGGGUUAACCACACCUACUCAGCCUAUUUAAGCCUCGGUUGAGGCCACGGUAGACAGCGUGUUUGCAGUCAUUUGAGCUAAAGCAUUUCAAGCCAGUCUUGCAGUCUUAUGUGCAGUCUUCUGUCUCUGAGCCUUCUAGCAAGUCUUUCUGUUCUUUCUGUUCUGAGGAUGGCAUCCGUUCAUGGGACUACUAGUAGCAGUACUGGUGCUGGGACGUCGACAACCGCGAUCUCUUCCACGGCAGUUGGCGUGGGCAGUGCUGGCUCAGCUACCGGAUCUUCUUCCACUAGUACUGCAGUCUCCAGCCAUUCCUCACGGCCGAUCACUACCAGCAGCACGAGCUCCGAGGCUCUCUCAGGACCAGAAGCCCUCAUUCGGGUUUUGAACGCUGCUGUAGAGUCUGGGAUAGAGAGAGGAAUUGAUCGAGCUCUCCGUCUCUCCUCCCGUCCCCCUGGAGCUGGCGGGCCACCACUGCCUCCCUCGUCUGAUGGUUCACGGCCGCCCGGCUCUACAGCUCAUUCUCUCCCAGCCAUUCCACUCCUAUCAGAUGCAAGCUCAUCCAGGGUCAGCUCAGCAGUGACCAGUGAGGUGGGGCACAGCCUCCCAGCCUCAUUGUCAUCCGCAGCAGACACGACCCACUCGCUGCCCUUAUUCUCAAUGGCUAGCACCCUGAAUUGGGACCCUCUAAGCCUGUGGUCGCACCAUGCAGCACUACCCACAGCUAAGACAGCAGCGAUAUCACUAGCCACAUCUCUUCCCACCAUCCCCGGCAAGGUGGUCGAGAAGAUCAGAAGUGGGGGCUACGUUGAGCUCAAAGAGCU